AUGAAGGUUAUCCUCCUUGGCUUGGCGGCCGCUGCGGUUGCCACAGACCAAACCAACCGUGCGACGUAUGGUAAACAACCUGCCUAUGGCGCGUACAAGCCCCCGUCGCAGCCCGCCUACAACCGUCAACCCAGCUACAACCAAGAUGGCUACGGCAAGCAGCCCGCCUACGGCCACAACGUCGACGACAAGCAGCCGGACUACGGCUACGGCAAGCAGCCCAGCAAUGGCUACGGUGACAACCACGGCUAUGGUGACUAUAGCGGCGACAUCGAGACGGCGCCCAUCUCGGACGAAGACCGCUUCCGUCGCUUCUACGACAACCUGAAGAUCUGCAAGGCCGAGAACGCGCUCGAGAGCUGCAUCAUCUCGUCUGCGUCCCGCGCCGACUGCAUGAGUGCGGCGCGCAUCAAGCAGUGCACGUCGUCGUUCAUCACGGGUCUCUGCUCCGACUUGGAGACGACGACGACCAAGGCGUUCGACAACGGCUACGUCAAGUGCUCGGCCGACACGUGCACGGACGCGGCGCUGGCCGACUCGCUCCUCGUGUACAACAAGCUGCUCCGCGACGUCAACACGGCGCUGGACGUGACGCCGCAGUUUGACCAGUGGUCGUUCACAACGAUCAAGCUCGCCCUCGCGAGCACGCGCAACCACGCCGACUGCGUCAUCAAAGGGUUCCUUAACUACCUCGACGGGUGCGCGGCGUCGUCUGAACUGCCCAAGCGCGACCUUGUGUGCCUCGACGAGGCGCUCAACAACGGCAAGUGCGAGUGGGGGCGUGAGACCGCGGACGGCUGGAACUUGGCGCAGUUUCUCAAGACGUACGGCCAGGUGGCGUUCAACAACGUCGUGUCGUCGAUGCAGCACCGGUUCGGCGUCUCGAACGAGCGUGGCAUCGACAAGGCGAUCACGGAAGUCCUUCUCAGCGUCAUGCAGGAGUCGACGCAGGUCGUCCAGACGGUCAACACCAAGUACGACUUUACAAACAAAGUGACGUCGGUCGACGUGUGUGCGGUGACGCUGCCCGAGUACCAAUUGGACGCGGAAGACGGCACGGACGUUAGCACGGUGCUCUUCCACUUUGCCAAGACCGAGCAGGACGCGUUCAACUCGCUCGUGUACGGCGAGACCGUCUACGACAACCGUGCACCGGACGACACGACCAAGGUCAACUUGUACGACAAGUGCGAAACGUUUUUGCGGAGACGAAGAAGGCCUUUGUCCAAGGCAAGGGCAAGGACUGGACGUGAGGAUUGCGAGGCCAAGAUCACUGCCAUGGACGACGCCACCUUGAACCCGUUGGCGUGCGGCGCCGACCACGACGCCGAGCAUGGCUUUACGGGGUACCUCGACACGACCCACUGGUGCAACAUUGGCCGCCGUGAGCUCGGCAACCAGGGCGACAAGUGCUUUACGUACAGCGGGUACUCGAUCUUCUUCCUCGAGUCGGGCGAGACGCAAGAUCUGACGCUUGAAGCGAUCCCGGACUCUCACUUGACGCAGUGGCAGAUGCACGUCGGCUGCUGCAAGAGUUACGCUACCGUUCUUCAGGAGCUCCAAGACACGUGGGCCGCCAAGUAUGAGAGCCGGUACGAGACCGACUACCACUACCGCGGGUACAAGCCGACCAAGAACGCGCCGACAGACGAGCACUACCGCACGCUCUUGGAAGAAGACACCCUCUUGGAAGAAGGCGGGUACAGCAAGGCGCCGACCAAGCCGACCGUGGUCUCGCCCAAGUACGACUGCAAGAACGCUGCGUACGAAGCCACGAUCUUGUCGCGCGCGGCCGAAGUGACGAAAGACACUUACUUUGGACAGCUCACCGUGCGCACGGGCGAUGCCUCGACGACGACGAACGACAUUGACAACGUCAACAAGGCGCUCAACGAAGAGCUCGAGGAGUGGUUCCACCGCUGCACCAAGCUGCACGACGACUACGGCCACGAGGUCUCCACGUGGUGCCUCUCGAUCCACGAGUUCUGGUACCCCAAGUGCACGGCCACACCCACCGACACGUCGGUCGCGUGCCCGACUGCGAUCCAGGCUUGGUACGCUGCCCACCCCGACGCGGAGGCCCUCCCACAGCCAGCAUCCACGUACGGCGCGACGCACAAUGACGCGGCGACGCCUGUCUACGAAAACACCGACACCGUCUACUCUAACCACCGCCAGCACACGUGCUACAUGGCGGCGAGUCCGGCGUACGUCGACGUCUGCGACUCGCUCCACGUCAGCUGGGACAUUGCGACCGUCGUGCCGAUCGUGAGUACCAAGUGCUUUCCGCAGUCGUGCGUCCUCGCGCAGCUCUCGCAGUGCAUGGACAUUCCCGAGCCGACAUACAUGGCGAUCGGGUACGACUAUGUCGCGGAGCCGACGGACGACUACAACGGGUACCGCCCGUCGAGCUACCAGCGCCCGUCCAGCUACGCCACGUACAACCAGUACUCACGGGCGACCUUGCGAGUGCGUCGACAAGCUCGUCGUAUUUGGCUACCUUGGGCUUUGUCGCAGGUCGUUCUUCGCAAGCCAAAGGCGGCCGAGGCAACGUACAAACUCGUAUAG